CAUCAUGGAAAUCGAAUAAUCAUAAUAAUCUUGAAAAACCUGUUCAUUAACGAUAAUAUUAUACGAUUGAUUUAUAUUUCACAAUUUCUAAAAGAAUGCGAGAUAAAUAAGCCUCCGAGAUCAACCAAUCAACGAUUAGAAUAUCGAUCGCUGACUUUGACGCGCUUAUAUUUAAGCAAGACGCACUUGUGAUUAAGAACUAUUAAAAAAAAUCAAUAACUACCUCGUUCUAACUCUUUCGAAGUAUUAAAAAUGACUACAUAUACAGAUAAAGGACCAAAGCCUUUAGGUGGAAAAUUUAUAUCUUUCGAUCAUCUUAAAUUCUGGGUUGGAAAUGCAAAACAGGCAGCUAGCUAUUAUUGCAAUAGAUUGGGUUUUGAACCGUUAGGUUACCGUGGUUUAGAAACUGGUUCUAGGCGCGUGGCAUCACAUGUCAUUAAACAAAAUCAGAUUAUUUUUAUUUUUGAAUCAGCCUAUGAACCUGAUAAUGAAGAAAUGGGAAGCUAUCUUUCUCGACAUGGAGAUGGUGUUCGUGAUAUUGCUUUCAAUGUUGAGAAUAUAGAUAUCAUUGUAAAAAUCGCAAAAGAAAGAGGAGCCGUAAUAGUAAAAGACAUAUGGGAAGAAAACGAUAAAUAUGGUACUAUAAAAUUUGCUACUAUAAAAACUUACGGAAACACAUAUCAUACAUUAAUAGAUCGAUCGAAGUAUAAAGGAUUUUUUUUACCAGGAUUUCAAAAAUCAUCAGAAGAUCUAUUUUCAAAGAAUUUACCAAAAGUAGGAUUAAAUUUUGUGGAUCACGUUGUUGGUAACCAACCUGAUAAACAAAUGGAACUAGUAGCAAAAUGGUAUGAACGAUGUUUGCAAUUUCAUCGAUUUUGGUCGGUAGACGAUACUCAAUUGCACACAGAAUAUUCAGCUCUGCGUUCUAUCGUAAUGACGAAUUGGGAGGAAACUGUGAAAAUGCCUAUAAACGAACCUGCUCCUGGCAAAAAACGUUCGCAAAUUCAAGAAUACGUUGAAUAUUAUGGAGGAGCAGGAGUGCAACAUAUUGCUCUUAAUACAAACGAUAUAAUUACAGCUAUAGAAAACUUGCGAGCUCGAGGAAUGGAAUUCUUGGAUGUUCCAGAUACUUAUUAUGAUAUGUUAAGAAAUCGUUUGAAAACUAAUGGUAUAAAAAUUUUAGAAGAUCUUAAUAUACUUCAGAAAUUAAAAAUUUUAAUUGAUUAUGAUGAAAAUGGUUAUCUUUUACAAAUAUUUACUAAAAAUAUGCAAGAUCGACCAACCCUUUUCAUAGAAAUUAUUCAAAGACAUAAUCAUAAUGGAUUUGGAGCUGGAAAUUUCCAAGCACUUUUUGAAGCUAUUGAAAUGGAACAAGCUAAACGUGGCAAUUUAUAAAAAUAUAAUUUAUAUAAUUGAAAUAAAAUAUAAUUAUGUAUAUAAAUUUCUUUCUAGAAAUUUUAAAUUUUAAAUUCUUAUUAAAUUAAAAUGUUUUUAAAAUAGAAACUACCAUUGUAUUAAUUUUAUGUGUUGUAUUUAAUGGCCAAUAUUUGUUUUACAAAAAUACACACAGUAUGAGGAGAUAAAAUAUGUAACAAUACAAUUUGAAGCUUAAUAAUUAACCAUUAAAAUCAAACAUUAUAUCGUGCUGUAUUAAA